UCUGAGGGUGAUGGCGGCCGAGGAGUUGGUGCGGGCGCUGGCUCGGUGCAGGCUGCGGGAGGUUGGAUCAGUCUGGGUGGACACGGUCUGGGAUCUGGAUUUCACUGAGACUGAGCCCCUGGAUCCCGGCAUUGUAGAGGAGAUCACCAGCGAUGGACUUGAUGUCUUCAGCUGUCUUCACCAGGCCCUGUUGGGGUUUGCUGAUGAGAACCAGAAGAAGAACGUCUGGUCCAUAUUUGCUGAAGAGAACUUCUCUCCUGCCGCUCUAGUGGCUGUGUUACAUCACUUUGUCCAAGCAGGCCAGCACAAGCAAGCUAACGCACAGAAGAGGGUUUUUGCUCUCCAUGCAGCUGGGUUGUACUUCUUACUGCUGGAAAUCCCAGGCAGUAUAAUUAACCAGCUGUUGCACCAAGUGAUGUUUGAUAAGUGCCUUUACGCCCUGACAAAAUGCUGGCCUCAGGACCCAGGUGUGGCCAGGAAGAGGAAGAAGAUGCGCACUAAAAACUCUCAGACCACUGCAGUGAGAAACAGAAAGAAAAGCAAACCACGCAGGAAUGGCCCCUCCCAUAUGGAAGAGAUCCAAGAGGAAGAGGAGGAGGAAGAGGAAGAGGAUGAUGAAAAUGUUUACUUUUCAACAGAUGACCUCCUUCAAGUUCGCAAUGCAAUCUUCUUUCUGCUCAAAAACAUCUUGAGACUGCUACCUAAGUUCCCCCUCAAAGAAAAACCUCAGUGUGUGCAAAACUUCCUGCAGGUCUUUGUUGAAGUGACAAACUUUGAGCCAGUGGUACAGGAGUUCAAGUUUUCAUCAGCAAUGGAUGUUGACAAAGCCAAGUACAUCUCCGAGCUGGCCUAUUACGGGGUGCGGUUACUGUGCUCCCCUCUGCAUAGUUCAGAAGAUAAGGUUCUCCGCUGUGUCUUCCAGCAGCUCCUCAGUGUCAUUCUGAUGCUGGAAGGUGGUGCAGGCUCCAGGUUUGCAGUCCUUGCCAUCACAUCAGCUGUGAUCAGUGCCAGGAAUCAGGCUAUUAAAUUUAUCAGCUCAGUAGUGGAUGAGCUGAAAGAAGUUGCUUUUCCAGUUCUUCGCAUAUUACUGCAACAUAUCUGCACCAAGGUCCCAGACAAGGCUGAUUACCGCACAUACGCUGCACAGGCCCUGGUGACUCUGCUGAGCAAAUUCCCUAACGUAGAGUUUGCCAACUUCAUUGCCUGGCUUUACAAAUACUCCCACAACGCUAAAAUUGCCUACAGGGUGUUCGCUCUCGAUGUAGCCUUAGCUUUGUUGGAUGUGCCAGAGAGGAAGGUGGACACCUCCCUGUCCCUGGACCAGCAGAAGUUUCUAAAGCAUAAGUUUUUAGUACAGGUGAUGGUGUUUGGGCGCUGCUCAGACAAAGCACCCGUGGUCCGUAGCAGAGCUUUAAGCAGCUUUGCCCAGUGUCUUGAAAUGAAAGCUGCUACUACCUUGGAGAGCAUCCGGGACUUAUUACAAAGCUUCUUGGAAGCAAACACGGACACUGGGAGUUUGACAGUCAGUGCAGAAGGUACAGAGCUAUUCUCUUCUACUGUGUCCAGCCAUCCACAGAAGACCUUGCCCACGUUCAAAACCAUUGAGUUGACAGACAACAGCAGCGCUGCUGGGCUUGAUGGGAAAGAAGUCAUGGCCAUGCUGAGACGGAGAGCUGGAGAUGAGAAAACCAACGUGAGGAAAUCCGCUCUGCAGGUUUUCAUGAACAUCCUGAAGCACCAAGUGAUCCCUUGCACUGCAGAGGAUUUGUGCAUCCUUCAGGACCGCUGCCGGGACCCUGCUGUCUCUGUGCGUAAGCAGGCCUUGCAGUCUAUAACAGAGCUCCUCCUGUCUCAGCACAAUAAUGCUCUAGUGCAGAAGGCCUGGUUAAAUGGAGUGGUGCCUGUUGUGAUGGACUCGGAGAGUUCUGUCCAAGAAAAGGCCUUGGAUUGCCUUGAUCAGCUCUUGUUGCAACAUAUAAAACGUUAUGAUAAAUUCAGGAGUGAUGAUGAGAAUCAGGCUCUGGCAUGGGAUCUCCUCACCCUCCUGGCUUCAGACAACCAGGAGCUCAACCGUUACGUGAACAAAGCUUUUCAUGUGUGGUCCAGACAGAAUAAGUUCACCUCCACCUUCAUUAAUAACAUCAUGUCUCAUGUGGAAACAGAGCAUGCUGUACCAGCCUGGAUGCUGCUUGCUAAGGUGGCACGUUCUUCCCCCAAGCUGGAUUACUCCAAGAUCAUUGAAUCCUGGGACAGUGUCAGCAGGCAGCAGAACAUAAGUACUGAUACUACAGGACAUAUGCUGUGUGUCAUGGGUCAUGUCGCAAAGCACCUCCCUAAAACAACUUGUGAGAGGCUGAUUGAUCAUCUGAAGAGGUGGCUGAGGGAUUCUCAGUGUCCCUUGGAGGUGAUAAGCCCAGCUGUGGAGACUCUGCAGAAGCUCUGCCAUGCCUAUGCAGAUGUGCUGGAGGAGGCACAGGAGCUGCUCAACCAGGUGUGUGGAGAUUUAGUAUCCAACUGUGAAAGCUACAUCUCGAAUAUAGUCCUCAAAAAGGAUGGAGCAAAGCAGCUGCAGGAAGAUCUCUUGGUGAGACAUCUCUACCUCCUGGGGGAGGCUGCACAGCUCUGUCCAGCCAAGGUGGAGAAACGUGUCUUCCUGUUGAUUCAGUCCAUUCUGGCCUCUCCUGUCAGCGAGGACAAACUGGCUGGCCCUCCAGAUGGUGAGGAAAUGCCAGCUUCUCAGCCGCUGUCCCAGUUCAGAGGAUCAGCCAUGCCAUCAGUGGUCAGAGCUCAUGCCUUCAUUACCCUAGGUAAAUUGUGUUUGCAGCAUGAGGAUCUGGCCAAGAAAUGCAUCGCAGCUCUUGCUCGAGAGCUGGAGGUGUCACAGGAUGUGGCCGUUCGCAAUAACGUUGUCAUCAUCAUGUGUGAUCUGUGUGUCCGUUACACAUCCAUGGUGGACAGAUACAUUCCCAACAUUUCCUUGUGUCUGAAGGACCCCCAUCCCUUCAUCCGUAAGCAGACACUGAUCCUGCUCACCAACUUACUGCAGGAGGAGUUUGUGAAAUGGAAGAACUGUCUCUUCUUCCGUUUCGUCACUGUCCUGGUGGAUCCAUGUCCAGACAUUGCCAGGUUUGGAGAGUUCUGCCUGGUGCAUCUCUUGCUGAAGAGGAAUCCUGUAAUGUUCUCCCAACACUUCAUUGAGUGCAUCUUCCAUUUCAAUAGCUAUGAGAAGCAUGAGAAGUACAACAGGUUCCCCCAGAGUGCACGGGCGAGGAGUCUCUUUUCUCUGAAGGGGAAAGAAAACAAAGAGAAGAGGAUGCUUAUCUACAGGUUCCUGCUGGACCACUUUACAGAUGAGCAGAGGUUCAACAUCACAACAAAGAUCAGCCACAGCAUCCUAGCAUGCUUUGUGGAUAACGUCCUUCCAUUGGACCUGGAAGCCAGUGAGCUGCUCUCAGAUACAUUUGCAGUCCUUAGCUGCAAAGAAAUCAAACUGUCAACUAUGAGGUCAAAACUGGAUGAAGAUAUUCAGCCUGAGGAAGAUGAAAUGGCAAUAGCCAAUGCUGUCAUGCAGGUGGCACAGAAAAAGCUCAUCUCACAGGUUCAAAAGAAGAACUUCAUAGAAAACAUCGUGCCCAUAAUCACAGCCCUCAAGUCUCUGAUGGAGCAGAAGAGGUUCCCAGCCCUUCGGGACCUUAUGAGAUACCUCCAGGAAAUGAUGCAGGAUUAUAGAAAUGAAAUCAAGGACUUCUUUGCUGUGGACAAGCAGCUGGCAGCGGAGCUGGAGUAUGAUAUGAAGAAGUAUGAAGAGCAGCUGGCCAGGGAGAAGGAGUCAGACCAAGAGCAAGUCUCCACAGCACAGGCAGAGCAACCUCCGUCUUUGGAGAGAACUGGACCUUCUGGAGGCUGGAGCAGUAAUGCUCGGUCUCCUACAAGUGGGAGACAGUCCUCCUCACCUCAAUCAAGUGCUUCCCCAGUGCCUUCUCUGUUUGCUACACCGAGGGCUGAUGCUCUGAAACACAGUCGCAGGUCAGCACCCUUGAGCACAGUUGCCAUCCUGAACUCUGCCAGGAAAGCAAUGGAAGCCAGGAGCAAGCAACGCAGCAAGAGUGUUGGAGGAAGUUUAGCAACUGCAUCACUUCCACUGAGCACAGCUGGCAGCAAGCACGCAUCCUUCCAAAGCCUGACUGAACAGUCUACAAGAGAGAAUGUUUCUGUGGUGGGCCGUGCAAUCAGCACACCAGAAAAGACCAUUAAUGACUUGACUUUUGGUGCUGGCGUCAGUUACAUCAGCUUGAUGCACACACCUGCUUCAGGCCCAGAGAAGAAGGCUGAGGAGGAGCCAAGAGAUAUCAUCUGUUUGAACUCACCAGAGGAAGUCCUCUCCCAGACCCAGAAGUGGAAAAUAGAAUCCCCAGCAAGGAAAAAGAGCAGCCAGUGUGUCCCCCUGCGACGUUCCCAGCGGAGAACCCCACUGAAACCAGACAACUGAUCCCUUCACUGAGCUGUUGUACAGAAUCAUCAGGUUGCCUGAAGUUUGUCCCUUUCCCUCUGUAUUUAUAAGUCCCUGUGGGCACACGUCCAUCCUCCCUUCUUAUCUGUUCUGAUGUGGGUUUUACAUGAAACUGUCUAGAAAGUGGGCACACAAAGCCUGCAUUACCACAUGUACAUAUUAUAGAGUGCUGCUGUUGACAGAGCUCAAUGGAGUGCUGCAAGCUGCAGUAUAAAGGGAGGCUUGCUCCUCGCUCACAGGAUGUAUAAUUUGUCCAUUUGGAAAAGUAAGAGCAUAAUGUGGCCACCAGCUUAGCAAUAAAGGCAUUUAUCACAGCUUGCAGGGGAGUGAGUGGCUCUGCUUAGUCCCUCAUUGUCCCUCCUGGCUCUGUGCUAGGCUUGCUUUAAUUUGCACUAAGGUAAACCAGCUUGUCACUGCCAUCCCCCUAAAUCUGGUAAUUGCAAGCUCCAGCACCUCUUAUUUGUUGUGCUAACUCCUGUGUGUGUGAGCAGCCUUCGUGUUCUUUUCUAUGGAAUAUUUCCAGUCUUGAACUAUGUGAUUUCCAUUUUAUGAAAAUAAAUGGUUACGGAAUUAAUUCCA